UUCGCUGUAUUAAGAGCUCAAUCUUCAGACAAGUCCAGUAACCAAUGAAAGACUGACUAUGRAURAGACGAUCWAAUUUCGAUUUGAAGUGUGACUUGCUGUCGACGUUGGACUAGAUGACUAAUAAAGAGGUUGUAUUAUCAACAACCAUCUGAUCAAUCUUUUGCAUUGUUGACGCUGUGAAUAGAAAUUAUUUUAACGUUGAUAGAACAACUCACGCAAGUAAACAACAAGUGAUGUCUACAGCUAAUCAGUUUGCAUAGAGUAGCCAUGGAUGUCGUGGUUAUUGUUCUUUUUGUGACAUCGAUAGAAGGAUCGCGCGUUGUACAAACUUCAAGUGGACCAGUAAAAGGAAGUUUGUCGUACAAUCAAAGUCUAGUGCAAUAUCUAGGGAUAAAGUAUGGUCAUGCUGAACGAUUUAAACAAUGUGAAGACACGCUAUGGAACACAGUUUAUGAUGCCUCUCRRCCUGGAAAACCGUGUCCACAACCUCAAUCUUUUUACGUUCAAGAGACGAGUGAAGACUGUCUUAACUUAAACAUAUUCGUACCGAACACUUCAKCUAGYGGCCUUCCAGUUAUGGCGUUUAUUCACGAYGUUUUUUACAGUAUUGGCAACGCGSACGACCUGAUCGACGGCAGUAGCGUSUCAUCCAAGGGUGAAGUCAUCGUGGUAACCUACAAUUAUCGUCUAGGGGUCACUGGUUUUCUAAAUGSUGAAAACACUACAACGAAUUUAGGGUUACGAGAUAAUAUUGCGGCGUUGACUUGGCUUCGACGCAAUAUCCCGAGGUUUGGAGGCAAUCGCGAUGACAUCACAUUAGUSGGUCACUCGUCGGCAGCAAUGACUGUAGGUCUACUACUCAUCUCGCCGCAAGCACAAGGAUUAUUCAAAMGAGCAAUCAUGAUGAGUGGUUCUCCUUUAUCACCCCUGGCAACCRUCGACCAAUCAACUGCCGCGUCAAACAGCAGGUAAGRAGGAGAGACUGGGACUAGUGUCAAUCAGAAUGGRGGGAGUGCAGUCAAUAUAGACUCAAAUAGCAGGGACUGUGAAUCAAGGAUGACGAGUAGAGAGUGUUUCGGUAAUUAUUGAUUGUAACCUGAGAGUACACUUCAAUAAGUCAAUAUAAACCUCACAA